CAAAUGGAUGAAUCAUUGAGCUUAUCUUAAAGAUUGGAAAUGGACUGCAACCCCAUUAUAUUAUACAUAUAAGUUGAACAAUCCCAACACUUCUGGAGGACAUUUCAAAUAUCACUACUCACAAGAAGCGUCCACACAAAGGGAGCUUCAUAUCCACUCAAUUUCUGCUUACAAUUUACUGAGAACUUCAACGUGUGGUGUUUGGACGUGCAGUUCCUCUGAGCCACUUCUUGUCUUUGUCUCUCUCUCUCUCUCUCUUUCUCUCUGACCUCAAAACCAAAAUUUCAGUUUCCAAAGCUCAAAGCAAGACCCAAAAGUGACCAAAUCAGCCAUGGAAAAUGGGGCUGUGAACCAGCAAAUACCAGUGGACACAACUUCUGCAACAAUCACCAUAAAAGGCAUCCUGAGCUUGCUGUUGCAGAAUGUGGAUGAAAAUGAUAACAAAAGGCUGAUUUCAUUGGGGAUGGGCGACCCAACUGCCUAUUCUUGCUUCCACACAACCCAAGUGGCUCAAGAAGCUGUUGUUGAUGCAAUCCAAUCUGACAAGUUCAAUGGCUAUGCUCCUACUGUUGGCCUUCCUCAAACCAGAAGAGCAAUUGCUGAAUAUCUGUCCCGUGAUCUUCCAUACAAGCUAACAUCGGAUGAUGUUUUUGUCACAUCUGGUUGCACACAAGCUAUUGAUGUUGCAUUGGCAAUGCUUACGCGUCCUGGUGCCAAUAUCUUGCUUCCAAGGCCAGGCUUCCCUAUUUAUGAACUUUGUUCUGCUUUUCGACAUCUUGAGGUUCGACAUUUUGAUCUCCUGCAAGAGAACGCCUGGGAGGUUGAUCUUGAUGCUGUUGAAGCUCUUGCAGAUCACAACACAGUUGCAAUGGUAAUUAUAAACCCUGGGAAUCCUUGUGGGAAUGUAUACAGUUACCAACAUCUGGAAAAGAUUGCAGAAACUGCAAAAAAGCUUAGAUUUUUAGUAAUUGCUGAUGAAGUUUAUGGGCAUCUGGCUAUUGGAGGUAAACCAUUUGUGCCAAUGGGAGUCUUUGGAUCAACUGUUCCUGUUCUUACUCUUGGGUCCCUGUCAAAGAGAUGGAUAGUUCCUGGAUGGCGACUUGGUUGGUUUGUGACAAGUGAUCCGUGUGGCAUGUUUAGAAAACCCAAGGUUGUUGAGCGCAUUAAGAAAUAUUUUGAUAUUUUGGGAGGACCUGCAACCUUCAUUCAGGCAGCAGUUCCGCGCAUCAUCGAGCAAACUGAAGAGGUUUUCUUUAAGAAAACUAUCUAUUUACUGAAGCAGUCCUCAGAUAUUUGUUGCGAACGGAUAAAUGAGAUUCCUUGUAUUACCUGUCCAAACAAACCAGAAGGAUCUAUGGCUGUAAUGGUGAAACUAGACCUUUCACUACUGGAAGAUAUUACCGAUGAUAUUGAGUUUUGUUUCAAGCUGGCUAAAGAGGAAUCUGUGAUCUUUCUUCCAGGGACAGCAGUAGGGUUGAAAAAUUGGCUACGUGUUACAUUUGCUGCCGAUCCAAACUCUAUUGAAGAAGCUUUAAGGAGGACAAAAUGUUUCUAUCAAAGGCAUGCCAGAAAAUUAUAGAUACAUUCAUACAUAUAUGCCGGUAGCGAGAAAUAGCUAAUUAUAUGUAAAUCAGCUUGAAAAUUCUUGUUGCUGAUGGCAUGGUCAUUUGUAAAGAAAAUACUCUUCUUCCACUGCCUAUUUGUAAUGAAUUACUAAUAAUAGAUCAUAUGACAUACAUCGCCUUUUUUGUUGCAAA